CAGCCUCCUGGCGUUCCGCCUGUACCCGGAUCCGGAACCGGGUCAGGACCCGUACCCGGUGGGUUGGUUUAUGCACAGCUGCCUAAUCAGAGGCCUCCGUAUAUGCCGAUGCCUAAUGGGUACUUGCCCUUGCCGCCUCCUGUGUCUACUUGAUUGAGAUAACGAUGAGAAUGGUUUGGAAGGCUCCAAUUUAGAGACUACCACUAUCAACAAAGCUUUUGGUAUGCAUAUACGUACUUCUUGAUUGUCGUUGUUCAAUAGUUUUUGAAGUGGAAAAAGAUAGAAUUUCUGUAGAUUAUGUUGACUUGAAGUGAGCCGACUAUAAUCUAUUGCCACUUUUUAUGCUAAAUAAUACCUGGUUUGUGCCAUGUUCAUUUUAGUAGGGCUUGUAAUGUAGUCCUAAGUGGACUUGCCCUUCGGUUUUCGUUACUUUAUUUUGCGGCAGCAGAACCAUGCUUGCAACUGACUGCUCCUUGCCUUUGUAUACCAAGGUAUUGCAAUCUUUUAAUAUCCAGUAUUUCUUUUCUAUGCUAAGCAUGUAUCUUCCUUCCUUAUUAAUAAGAAAGAUAAAAUAAAAAAGUAUAAUUACACUAAAGUUUGUGGGUAGAAAUAGAAUGUUUAUGUCGUCAGUUUGAGUGGGACACAAGGGGUCUCAUAUUACUUCAUUCCAAUCAUUCAAUUGGUGCAUUGGAUAGUCUAAGAAGACUACUGAUAUGCUGUGGAAAUGGAGGUAACCUUACUCGCAAUUUGUGUUUCCAUUUUUCUUUCCAGAAUUCCAUGUUUCAUUGUUUUACUUCAGGCUUUAUGUUCAACUGGUGCGUUUUGACAUGCCUUUGCUGCUAUUCAAAUUGAUUGUGCCAUGUCGUAAGAGCGAUUAAUUAUACUUUAAACUUCAUAAUAUGAUUAAAUACUUGUGCCUUUUUUCUUAAAGAUUUACUAUUGAAAUUUGCUUUGAUUAUGUUCUAACAAAUUUGCAUAGUAUCUGCAUUACUGUUGUGCAGGAAUUCCUCGUUAUCCCAGCGUCUACCCAGUAAUGGCUCGACCAGUAUUUCCUCCACGUCCGUUGGGAAUAGUUGGCACCAAUCUUACACUGGCACGACCUCCUGUUCCUGGAGUGCGUGGUCCGCCAAUAAUCCCUCCUGCUAUCAGACCAGGUGGAAUUCCAAGUGUUACACCUACAGAGAAGCCGCAAACAACAGUUUAUGUGGGCAAGAUAGCAUCAACAGUAGACAAUGAUUUCAUCCUCUCAGUCCUGCAACUCUGCGGGCCUGUAAAGAGCUGGAAACGUCCUCAAGAUCCAACGUCUGGGACUCUGAAAGGCUAUGGAUUUUGUGAGUUCGAUUCUGCAGAGGGGAUUCUUCGUGCAAUUAGGCUGCUGAGCAAAUUAAAUAUUGAUGGACAAGAACUGAUGUUAAAUUUUAACUCAGCAACUAAAGAGUACUUGGAGCGAUAUGUUCAAAAGAAAAGGGAAAAUGCAAAAAGUUCUGAAAAAGUUGGCGCUGAAGGUGGUCAAGUGACUGAGAAAGAGGAAAGAAAUGGAACAGGUAGUGAGAAAGGUGUUCCUCCAGAGUCCACUCAAGAGGAGUCUAAAGAUGACAACAUUACUGACCAAAAAGAUCAAGAUGUUACUAAGUUUGGUCUUGUGACUGAUGAAGACAAGGAAGCUGACCGAGGUGCUUUAGAGAAACUCAAUGGCAUGAUUGAAGAAAGAUUGAAGACGCAUCCAUUACCACCCCCACCCCCAUCAGUGGAUACCACUGUUUUUGAUACUUCAACCCCAGAAGGUCAUGUUGGAUUAAAGGAAGGCGACAUGGAUGUGGAUAUAAUGAAAAAUGAUGCAGCAGAUGACAAAAAUGAGGAUGAUAUGAGAAGUGCAAACAGAACUCCUAGUGAGCAUGAUAAACAAGAUACAAGUUCACCUCACAGGAGCAGAAAAAGUGAUAGGAGUAGAGAUCGCGAACGGGAUGCUAAAAGGGAAAGGGAAAAAGAACUUGAAAGGAACGAGUUAGAAAGGGAACAAGAACGGGCUAAAAGAGACAGAGAAAGACAGUACAAGACUAGAGAGGAGGAGCGUCGAUACAGGCUGCGUCUUGAUGAUUGGGAACUUCGAGAAAAACAAAAGGAUCAAAUGCGGAGGCUGGAGAGAGAAAAAGAGGAAGAAAGGGCAGAUGAUCGGAAGUAUGACAUUAUAGAUCAAGAGCAUGAAAGUUAUGAUGAUUAUAACAAGAAGCGGAAACACAGAAGUAGUGGGGAGGAGAGGAAAAGGAGGCUGAGAGAGAAGGAAGAGGACUUGGCUGACAGGUUAAAAGAAGAAGAAGAAAUUGCUGAGGCCAAGAUGAGAGAGGAAGAGGUUCUAAAAAAGCAGAAACAAGAGCAAGAAGACGCUAUGAGGCUUUUGUCUGCUUCUGCAACUAAAAAAACUGAAGAGGCUGUUGAUGAAGUCGCUGCUGAAUGCAAAGAAGUCAUUGGUCGGUCUCCCAACAAUGAUAUGGGGCAUGAAAAUCGUACUACUGACAGGAUCCAACAAAAUGGCACUGGUGAUGAAAUAUGUACAAACUCUAUUGGUGCGGUAGAUACACAGCUGAGCAGCAAUGUUCAAAGUAGAAAAUUGGGUUUUGGUCUUGUAGCAUCUGGAAAACGAACCACAGUUCCCUCUGUUUUCAAUGAGGAAGAUGAGGAUGCACAGAAGGAGAAAAAGAUGCGGCCCCUGAUUCCCAUUGACUACUCACAUGAGGAACUACAGGCUGUCCAACGUGGUCCUUCUGGGUCAUUGUCUCCAGACUUGGCUGCAGCAGCCGAAUUUGCCAAGCGCAUUACAGGUGUCAACUCAAAAGAAGAGAAGCCUGAGGCUGAAAAGGAUAGAAGUAGACGUUCACAUGAAAAAUCUAGCCACCGUGGCCAAGAGUGGAAUGCUCAUGGGGGCAAUCGCACUAGAGAUGAUUACAGAAAGGAUACUGUUGACCAUGACAAGGACCAGGAACGACAAUCAGAUAAAGUAAAAACACAAGAAAACCGGAAGCUUCUUGAUGCAAAGCAGUUGAUUGAUACAAUUCCGAAGACAAAGGAUGAGUUGUUCUCGUAUAAGAUCAAUUGGGCCAUUUAUGAUAAGAAUCAACUACAUGAGAGGAUGAGACCAUGGAUCUCUAAGAAAAUUACCGAGUUUUUGGGUGAAGAAGAAACGUCACUAGUAAACUACAUCGUGUCCACCACCCAGGAACACGUGAACGCAUCUGAGGUGCUAGACAGACUUCAGACUAUUCUUGACGACGAAGCUGAGAUGUUUGUGCUGAAGAUGUGGAGGAUGCUUAUAUUUGAAAUCAAGAAAGUAGAGACAGGGCUUGCUGCAAGGCCGAAGGCUUAAUACAAUCUGUUGCACAAUUGAAUUUUUGGAAUUUCCUUUUUAAGCAAUUUACAUAACACCACCUUCAUGAGGUGCAACUGCCGUGGCAGUUUGUAAUCAUAGAUCUUUCAUUUUUCUGGACGAAUGCAAUUCUUCGCAUUGGAAUUAAAGAGAGGUUGACAAUUUCA